AUGAGCACUCUCACAUUCACGGUUCUCGUCGCGUACAAGUCCGCCUACUCCACGCUCAAGACACUCGCAACGUCUGUCGUACCAGUGUCUUCGGGACGGACUUAUGCAACCCAUGGAUCGCGACUUUGCACCCCUCCCACCGCGCUGAUGGCUCCGCCCGCGAAGCGCCGCAAGCGCAACAACGACCUCGACGUUUCAGAUGACGAGAACGUGAAGCCACGCGCAGGCAACACCCUCGCCAAUUUCUUGGUCUCCUCCCCUUCGUCCCCCGCCAAACACCGAGUUGUCCAGCCAUCGCCAAGUCCUAGCAAGGGCAGGGGGGCUACACGAGCCACGACGCGCGGGUCGACGCAACCCAAAAACGGCAGAAGCCCGAGCUCGAAGAAGACCGCGAAAGACAUUGGCACAGGAGACGAGAGGGCGAAGACGGCCGACUUGAAGACCCUCUUCUCGAAACAGGCGCAGCGCGAGCCAAAGAAGCCCACGGCGAUCGACGACUUACUGAGCGACCCUAUUUCCGAAGACGAGAUCUCGGAGCUCAAGAGCAGCUCCUCGAGCGUGGUCGGGCAGCAUGCAAGAAAGAGGUUGCGGACAGAUGUGCAGACAGCGCCAUCUAGCAGCGUGAGCUCGAGCCAGCGAUUUCUCAAGCCGACGAACCCGAAUAAUGCGGAACACAACAGCGGCGAGGAUCAGCGACCGUGGUCCGAACGCUUCGGCCCCAGAAACCUCGAUGAGCUCGUCGUUCACAAGCGCAAGGUGGGCGAUGUCCGAAAGUGGCUGCAAGAUGUCAUGGCUGGCCGUAUGCGCCAGAGGAUCCUCAUUCUCAAAGGACCGGCUGGCUCCGCCAAGACAACGACCUUGCGGCUGAUCGCAGACAGUAUGGGUUACGAGAUUCUGGAAUGGAAGAACCCCACGAACAAUGCGAGUUCCGGUUUCGUCUCGGCGUCGGCGAGGUUUGACGAGUUCCUGGGCAAGGGUGGGAGGUUUGGCGCUCUGGACAUGGACGACGAGCCGGCGUCGCAAACGCCGGCCAGGAGCUACGGAGGCACACAUGGCGACAAUGUGAACCGGAUACUGCUGUUGGAGGAGUUCCCAAACACAUUCUCACGGACCUCGACGGUGCUGUCCGCCUUUCGCAAGUCGAUACUGCAGUACCUGGCCGAACACGUGCCGCCCCUGUCCAUCUUCACGCAACAGUCGCAGCGCGAACCCAUCAAGCCAUUGGUUAUGGUCAUUUCAGAGACACUGCUGACGACGACUUCGGCAUCGGCGGACAGCUUCACGGCGCACCGACUGCUUGGCCCUGAGAUCCUGCGUCACCCUGGCGUCGGCAUGAUCGAGUUCAACCCGGUGGCCCCAACAUUGCUCGCCAAGGCGCUGGGUCUGAUUGUGCAAAAGGAAGCCAGGAAGUCGGGCCGGAAGAGUACGCCGGGCCCUCAGGUUCUACAGAAGCUGGGCGAGAUUGGCGACAUCCGCAGCGCCAUCUCGUCGCUCGAGUUUCUUUGCUUGAAAGGCGACGACGAAGCGGACUGGGGCGCGCGGGUGACUUUCACAAAACCAAAGAGGGGCGCCAACGACGGCGCAAGCUUGACAAAGGGAGAGGCGGACAGCCUGGAGCUCAUCUCGCAGCGCGAGGCGAGUCUGGGGAUCUUCCACGCCGUUGGCAAGGUGGUGUACAACAAGCGAGACGAAGUGGCCGCAGGGAACGACGUGGAGAAGCUGCCACCGUACCUGUCACACAUGUCUCGGCCGAAGCGAUCCCAGGUCGAUGUAGACUCGCUGAUGGACGAGACUGGUACCGACACGCACACCUUCAUCUCGGCGCUGCACGAGAACUAUGCUCCCUCGUGUAUAAGCACCGACGCGAUGGAUCUCUCCACCCCGAUUGACUACGUCAACGAAUGUAUCGAGUCCCUGUCACAGAGCGACCUACUGGGGCCAUCGCGCGAUGUCUUCUUCGGCGGGCGUGGCGGCUUUGCCGGCCAGGACGGGAGCAGUCACAUCCUACGGCAAGACGAGAUCACGUUCCAGGUUGCCGUGCGCGGCCUGCUCUUUGCACUGCCCAACCCCGUGCACAGAAAGCAGGCGGACGGCUCUCGUGGAAGCGAUGCAUUCAAAAUGUUCUACCCGCAAAGCCUCAAGCUCUGGCGGGCACGAGAGGAAGUGGAAGGCUUGGUGGACAUGUGGUCGUCCAAGCUCCUGAAGGGCGAUCUCACGGGACCAACGAAGAAUGUCACCGAGGGAGCGAGUGCCUUUCGCAAACCCAAGAGCUCGUCUUCGGGGGAGUCAUCUUGGAUGCAGCGCCAGCAGCAGGGCUCCCGGCCGUCAGCGGUGGACAGCUCGCUGCCAGAGUCGCAGGACAAGGUCGACGACGAUGCGAUCCCCUUGCUAUCCCUUGGAAGUGCGGCGCGCCGAGAGAUGCUGCUCGAACGACUGCCGUACAUGGCACACGUGGCCCGCUCGUCCUCCCACGCGGGCAAGAGUCCAAUCAAGGCGCGCGAUCUCGACAAAGUGGUUGCCUUUCAGGGUAUAAAUGCCCCUACGGAUGAGGCGUCCGAUGCGGAGGAUGGAGAGGAGAACGACGCUCCUGCCGCGUGGGCCACCGACAAGCCAUCCGAGGAGGCCAGCCCCAGGAAGAAGCGGGCUGGCAUCAAGCCGGGCGCCAUGAGCGGCUUGUUGGCCCAGAAGCUCGUACUGAGCGACGACGAUAUUGAGGACUGA